UGUGAGGUUUUAUUGCUGGAUUUUUGUAAAAAGGAUCGGAAAAAAAGUUAUCAUUCCUUCGCAAUAUCUGUUAAAUAUUGUCACUUUGGUUAAAGGCAGUAUUAUUGUUUCCCCUAGAGUAUUUUAUUAUGGUCAGAAAGCUAAAAUACCACGAGCAGAAGCUAUUGAAGAAGGUCGAUUUUAUCUCAUGGAAGACUGAUGACAACAUACGCGAAGUGAAAAUUCUUCGUAAAUAUCACAUCCAGAGACGAGAGGAYUACACAAAAUACAACAAAAUAAGUGGUAUUAUCAAAUCGCUGGCCAAUAAGAUCAAAGAUCUUGAUACAAAGGAUCCUUUUCGCGUUGAAGCUACAGACCAACUCCUUACAAAAUUGUACAACAUGGGUUUCAUCACAUCCAUCAAAGGACUAGCGCAAUGCGAAAAGGUCAAUCCAUCUGCAUUCUGUCGUCGUCGUCUCCCUGUGGUUAUGGUUAGACUAAAAAUGGCACAAGCAAUAAAGGACGCUGUCAAGUAUGUUGAACAGGGACAUAUUCGUGUUGGUACAGAAGUAAUCAUGGAUCCAGCAUUCUUAGUGUCCAGGAAUAUGGAGGAUUUUGUCACUUGGACAGACACUUCUAAGAUAAGGAAACAUGUCAUGGCUUAUAAUGACCUUAGGGAUGACUUUGACUUCUCUUGAAUUAAUGGCUAUCAAAUAAUUAUUGUGGAUGUGUAAUAUCAUGUUUAUCAUGAUCUCUGGUGAGCAGAGGGUAUUGAACACUGUUCAUUACUUUCUGUUCAAGCAGUGUGUUUAACUUUUUUGAAAGAGUGAGAAAACAAAUUUUGCUAGCAUAAUUAAGAGCAGGUUCGCAUUGUGACAURAAUAGGGWGCUGGUUCACAAUUGACAUGUGAGCACAAUAAUUAUCUGCUUAUUUUGCUUAUGUCAAAGUUUGUAACCUUUUCUAAGGCCUUGCCUGCAUACGAUGAAAAUCCUUAAUACUCCAGUUUUGAAUUCAUAGUGAAAAAACUGCUGCUUUAUAUGACAAUAUAUUCUCUUGCACAAAGAUCUGACCAAACACAAAAGAGAGCACAAGAAAAUGUUAUUACAAUAGCCUUGAAAUUUGCAUUUUCCCCGAGUUGAGACUUAUACCCUGUAUUCCCAUAAGACCUAAGGUAUGAUGAGCCUUCUGGGAAUACAGGGUUAGCCUCAACUUGGGGAAAAUGUACAUUGUUAGCGCUAUUGUACUAACAAAAUUUCUUUUGUCUUCAGUAUGUUUUUUGUGUAAGGGAAUCUGCUGUGAAAUAUAACAGCGGUUAAUCACUUUGAAUAUUGAGAGGUAUUUUUUUUGAUGGCUCUAGAAUARAUUGAUUAUAUCAGAUAUGCCAAUUUUAUACCUAUUAGGUGAAGUCAGAAACCUACAAGGGACUUGAAACGUGUAACACCUGUACAUUUCUUUAGUGCCACUCGAUGGAAUAUUCGAAGCUCAUUAAAAAUUAAAAAACGAACGCUAUGACCAUAUUUGGAAAAUUUGGCCAUUGGAUAAGAGAUUUAAGGCCCGUUCUGGUUGGCUAUAGGGUAAAUUUAAUUGUUCCAAAUAAGGAARUGAGAUGCAAAUUAUAUAUGAAUAUUCCAGCGGUUGGCACAGCUGUAUAGGUUUCCUUAUAGGUUUCUGGUGAAGURCUAAYAGGAAAGAACCACAAAUUUGUUGGACUCUAAGAAAAUUUUGCUAUUGCUUAUYUGAUGAUAUUGUAGAAUAUUCUAAUUUGAGRUUGUUUCAAGGUUUUUGUGAUACCUUUAUAUUGUAAAAAAUUGCAAAAUUAAAGACAAGCAAAACAAAAAGCUUAUGCAAAAAUGCCCUUAUAUUUAGAAUGAUUAUUUGGUAAAAACAUGAAAUGAAUUGCUAGUCUCCUCGCAGCCGUUCUUAGUGGCAGGCGGGGGACAGGGAGCCCGCCACUAAGAACGGCUGCGAGGAGACUAAUGAAUUGCAUGCCUGUGAAAUAUUUUGGGAAAUGCACAGGAAAUUACUAUAAAUAAGGUAUUCUUUUUCCUGGUCACCAACAAACUUAAAAUAUUUCCUGAGAAAUCUCACACGGUCUGUCUUCCUAUAAAUCAUAGAUUUUACCUUUCUAAGUAAACCAUUGUCAUCUUUUAUUGCAUUCUUUUAUGCACAAAAGUUAUAAUUAUUAGUCAUUAUUAGAGGAAUUUUGCAUGACRUAUAUUUAUAUGAUAAUGUAAAAAUGACAGCGAGAAGAAAUGCAAGAAUACGUAUGUUUACUGAGACUUGACAGUUUGAAUUAUUGGUUAUAUCAAAAACCAUUGAUUAAUUGAAUUAAAAUUUUGGUUCAUUGCUAAUAAAAUUAUAGAAAACAUAAUGGA